CCCUGUUUCUCCUCUGCCCGAGCUUGCCAAAGAUCAUUUCUUUCCUUCCCUUCGCCGGCCGGCGCGUCUCCAGGCUCCAGGCUGCAGUCAGCGUACCACUGCAGUUGCUCUGCAGCUCCGCGUCGGCGUCGCCCAUGGAGCUCGCGGUCAGAGCCGCAGCGGCUUCGUGCUCCUCCUCCCCGUCGCUCCAUCCCCCGCGCGUCCCCUGCCGCCUUGGCCGCAGCCCAGGCCUGCCGCUGCCGGCUCGCCGGGUGGCCGUCGCAGCGGCGGCCAUCGCCCUCGACCCGUUUCAGGAGAUCAAAACUGAGCUGAAUGACGCUUCAAAAACAGAGGUGUUCGCAUGCCCUGUUUGCUAUGAACCGCUGAUAAGGACAGGGCCGCCAGGCAUGAACCUGCCAGCGAUUUAUAGGUCUGGAUUCAAGUGUUCAAAAUGCAACAAGUCAUUCACCAGCAAAGAUGUCUUCUUGGAUCUCACUAUCACCUCAGGAAUGAAAGAAUACAGUGAACUCAAGCCUGCUAGAACUGAGUUGUUCAGGAGCCCACUCGUCUCCUUUCUUUACGAGAGGGGGUGGCGUCAGAACUUCAAUCGGAGUGGCUUCCCUGGCCGCGAUGAAGAGUUCCAAAUGGCUCAAGAUUAUUUCCAAUCAGUCGCUGGUGGUAUACUCGUUGAUGUCAGCUGUGGCAGUGGCUUGUUUUCAAGGAAGUUUGCAAGCUCUGGGGCAUAUUCAGCUGUGAUUGCUUUGGACUUUUCUGAGAAUAUGCUCCGCCAAUGCUAUGACUACAUCAAACAAGAAGAAACCCCUAUGAACACAAACCUCGCACUUGUAAGGGCUGAUAUUUCAAGGCUCCCCUUUGCUUCAUGUUCAAUUGAUGCCAUUCAUGCUGGAGCCGCUAUCCACUGUUGGCCAUCCCCUUCAAAUGCGAUAGCUGAAAUCAGCCGUGUGCUGAAGCCCGGCGGUGUCUUUGUGGCGACAACCUUCUUAUCCACCCCCACGAACAGUGGCCCGCUCUCUAUUGAUGCACUAAGGCCACUGAGACAGAUUGUUGGGCCAGUGAACAGCAGCUACAACUUCUUCACGGAAGGAGAGCUGGAAGACCUGUGCAGAUCCUGUGGCCUGAUCAACUACAGCAGCAAGGUGCAGAGGUCAUUCAUCAUGUUCUCCGGGCAAAAGCCGUAGCUGGGUAUCACAUCCAGACUUUCUUUGUAUAGCCAGCCACAGUGUAUAUAUAGUAUAGCUGUGCUUUUUUUUAACGCAUGUAUAUAUAUAGCUGUUACGGUUAAAUCAGGUGGUGGAAAUGUAACUCAAACACACGUUAGGCAAUUGAACCAAAAUGCAUGGUCUCCGACUCUGAUGAACAAUAGUAGCAUUUGUUCAAGUUCAGGCAUUGAGCAAAAGUUUUACACC